AUGAAUAGCCUUGCGUGGCUCGUUGGAGCCGGGAGAUGGAGCACCCACCUCGCAGCAGCACCUCCGUUGGCUGCGCUGAAUGCCACGAUAUUUCUAGCAGCCGCAUUGGACCGCCGAUUUAGCACCAGCACCGCCAGCGCCACCAGCACCGCCAGCAGCGACAGCGGCGGCGACGGCGCUGGCGGCAGCAGCACCACGCCGCCGCCAACCGUGCCGGUGCAGCGCCUGCAGCAUGCCAUCACGCCCCAGGUGUGCGACCACCUGCGGCGGCGCGGCUUUGCCGUGAUCGACGGCGUGUUUGGGCCCGAGACGGCGGCGGCCCUGCGCGCCGAGGUGGCGGCGGUGCGGGGCGCGAUGCACAAGAACCACACCCACCUGGUGCACGGCGGCAGCACCGGCCUGCUGGAGAAGGAGCACAUCUGGGAGGCGGAGCUAAUGCAGAAAGAGACGCAGGAGCUGGCGCCGCUGUGCGCGCAGCUGCAGCACGACGGCACGCUGCGGGUCAUGCUCAGCCUGCUCAUGCCAGAGCUCAGGCUGCACUCGCAGGCCAUCAAGCUGCAGUACAAUGCAGGCGGCGGCGGCAGCUUCCCCAUGCACUUUGACACGGACGAGCAAGUGGACGAGCGGCGCGUCACCGCAAUCUGGUACCUCAACCCAGGGUGGCGCCCCGGGGACGGCGGCGAGCUGCGCCUCUACCCCUUCCCAGAGCCCGCAGUGGAUGUGCAGCCGCUGAACGACCGCAUGGUGCUCUUCUCCUCAGCACACAUGCUGCACCGCGUGCUGCCCGCCGCCGCCGAGCGCUACUGCUUCACCAUCUGGCUCAGCGGCGGCGGCGGGCAGCGGCGCGCGGGGACGGCGGGCCAAGCGGGGGCGGCGGCGGCGGCGGCGCGCGAGGAGCUGCGCCGGGCGCUGAGCGGCAGCGAGCCGCUGGCUCCGGCGGCGGCUUGGCGGCUGCUCACGCACCCGCAGCUGCGCAAGCACGCGGCCAAGUGGCUGCAUCGCGAGGAGUGGGAGCGGUCUGUCAGGGAGAGCCACGCGGCGGGCGCUGGGCUGCAGCAGGCGCUGGACGUGUUUGCAGCGGAGGCUGGGGUGGUGCACCGGGCGCUGGCCCCGCUGCUGCCGGCGCUGGUGGCGGGGCCGCCUCCGGCGGGCGUGCCCCCGCCGGCCUGGUUCUGA